AUGUCUCUUCUCCGGCGAUUUGUUAAAGGAGCAACAAGUUCGAGAUUUCUCCUUCAAUCAAUCUCCGGACGUUCGAUCUCCACUGUAAAUACCAAUUCAAUUGCUCAUCCUCGUCAUCGUCAUACUACCACUGAGUUCGAUAACCUCAUCUGCGAAGCAGGAAGCUCCGGCGAUUUCGAAGCAGUACGCCGUCUCCUAAACAGCCGAGUCGUGAACGCUUGUUUCAACACCACCGCAACUUUCAAAUUCCUAACCAACACAGCUUCUUACUCCUCCUCGCUCGAAGAUCUCCGCCGCAUUUUACCUCAGACCGACGCCGGUUACACGCGGAAACACGCCUACGAUACUCUCAUCGCUCGUCUCUGCAAAUUAGGUCGGAUCGACGACGCUCUGAUCCUAAUCGGCGAUAUGGCAACCGGGAGAUUCGGUUUCACGUCGUCCACAUUCCACCCGAUCAUAAACACGCUCACGAAGAAGAACAAAACCGAGGAAGCUUGGCGCGUGGUGGAAUUGAUGAGAUCCCACGAUAUUUUGGUGGACGUGACGUCAUACAACUACUUUUUAACUUCCCACUGCUACGACGGUGACGUGGCGGAGGCGAGCAAGGUGUUGAGGAAGAUGGAGGAGGGAGGGAUGUCGCCGGACACGCGCACUUACGACGCGCUUGUUUUGGGCGCGUGCAAAUCGGGGAAAGUGGAAGCGGCGAUGGCGAUCCUGAGGAGGAUGGAGGAAGUAGGGUUGCCGGUAUUGUACGCCACUCAUGCGCACGUUAUAGCGGAGAUGAUUGCUUGUGGCUAUUAUGCGCAGGGUGUUGAGUUCGUGAUGGCUUACGCUGGGAAAGAUGAGAGAUUGGAUGAAGAGAACUUGGGGAGUUUGGCUAGUAAGCUGAUUAAGAGGAAGAGGUUUGAAGAAGCCAAGUUGGUUUUGAAAGAGAUGCGUGAGAGAGGAUUGAAAAUGGGAAAGGCUUUGCGUGAUUUUUAUGUCAUCAAUGCUGAUUGUAAAACCAUGAGUGAUUCUGAGAAGAGACGAUCGAUCACCAUUGUUACAGAGAAAAAACUUAGUGGUAGAUGUAUGGGAGAUAAUAAAGAGACGAGAUCUUAA